AUAUAUCCUUGACAAGACUCACCUUCUUCCUCCACCACCCCCAAAGAGAAAGAAAGAUCCCGGCCUCGGAAAUUGAGCUGCCAAACAACCAGGCAGCACCGGCACAAGGACACAUCACCAACAACCUCCCUCGUGGCCCGAACCAGAGGAAAAACGAAAGGGUGAAAGAGACGCAAAGUUCCCAACAAACCGGGUCCUUGCACGACCUCGUGGGAAGAAAAAGGACCUCUCAACCAUCACGCGUCGAUUGAAAGAAACAGAACGAUCGAAGCAGAAGGAAAUGAGCCAUCGGCACAACACAACAUGACACAACAGAAUCUCACCCAACGCCUCGUUUCCCUCCCUCCCACCAUCCAAAAAGCCGCUCAUCGCCGCCCCACGGGGAAAUAUCCUCGUGCAAACAACAACAAACCCGGGCAAGGAAACUUGCCAUUGGGUGCACAAGUGGGGCCGCCUCUGGAAAUGCGUAUCACCUUGACACAAAGCGCACCUUCGUCGGCGGCGGCAACAAACCCUCCACCUCUCUCUCUCCUUGCCCCAACAUAUAGUUUCCACUCCCUUCUGCAGCCAGAUUUGGAGCGCCACGUUGCACUGCAGCGAAUAUGUCAUCGUAGGAAACAACCCCCCCCCCCUUCCACCCCCACCACCAUCGGCGGAUUGCCGUACAGUCCCAUCACACGUUUCCACAGACAUAGGUAUGGUGCGCAGCACACUCUUCUCCGGCGGUCUGCUCUGCCGUCGCUGCCCGAUCUGCCUGAGGAUUGCGCUGCACCUACCUCAACACGCGUUGGAGUACGUGAGGAAGGGGGGUGCUGUUCGUGGCGUCCCGUACACCGGGCCAAAGUUGUCGCGGGAGCCCGAGCCAGCGUACGAAGAGAACGACAACUUCGCGGGACACGAUUCUCUGCCACUUCCAUAGGCGCCCGCCAUCUACAUGAUUCACAUGGGAUGGUGCUGGCGCCUAUAUGAGUUCUUGAGGUGUGAGCAGUUCUUCGUAGGCGAACCCACGUCCAUCUUCCUUCGAGCCACAAAAUCUGUAUGUUGAUAUAACCCUAAUAUCAUCCAACCCAAACCCUAGUGAACGAUUUGCCCCUUCCCCCCCAACCCGCAAAGCAAAAAUACCAAUCAAC